AUGCGAAUUGAAAUGGAAAACAAUGAGGAAACCAAAACGAAUUUAAUUACUGAACGUGAUAAACAUGUUCAAAAUGCAGACAAUGCCUACAGUUCCAAGCGUCAUGACAAAGAAGUAUCAAAAUUGGAUCCAACAAGAGUUUGUAUUGCUUUUGAUCUCCAACAAUGUUUACCAACACCUUUCUUGGAGACUUCUGUAACUUUUUAUAAACGCUUAUACUGGACUUACAACUUGACCACACAUGAUCUCCAAUCAGGUCAAGCUUCUUGUUAUUUAUGGCAUGAAGCAAUUGCACAUAGAGGAGGAAAUUAA